UUUUUCCUCAAUGGAAGCGACGACCUUUGGCUGUCAUCGGCUCCAGGCUCUUCCUUUAUCCGGCUUGUCCGGAAUCACGAGCAGAAUGGAUGGAACUGAGCGAUGGAGGUGGCGCGGUAUGCUAUGCGCCGUCACGUCUGGGCAAACUCGUUUUGCGUGUCACUGGGUUUCCCAGGGUCACUCAACAGUGCCAUAUGAGCCGACACCCCGAAGAGAGUCACCAUCGUGAAACCAGGCAUCUGUAUCUGGGCUUCCAUCAUCCUUGGGAUCGAGACCUCUGGAAAAGCUGGAUCAAAAAGGCUACGCAGUCGUCGACAUGCCCCAAAAAAUUGGACUUGAACAAGGCAGGCCUUUCAAGGGUUCCCGACAGCACGAUUGCUUUUCCAGCAAUAGAGGAGCUCGCAUUAGGACGCAACCAGUUCACUAACGUUGAUAACAAUCUGAAGCUUCUACACAGGUUUCCCAAACUUCAUGCCGUCCAUCUGGAGAACAACAAUCUCCACAGAAUCCCGAGGGAAUUGCUGGAGCUGCCAGCGCUGACCUACCUUAAUCUCUCGGACAAUAAGAUCGAGAUAAUUCCGGUUGACAUCUGCCGACUGAUCAAUUUGAAGGAACUAAUCCUUGACCGCAAUGGCAUCAAGGACCUACCGGAUGAAGUGACACGGCUGAGAAACUUGAGGAAUAUUUCCCUCGUCGGAAAUUUACUCAAUACCGUACCAUUCUUUGUCAACAUGCGAGCUCUCACUUUGACAGAAGUUCUGUCGAAGACAGAUCACGGAAAGUCUUACAAGGAUGAAAAAACCAAUCAUAAUAAUUUACACAAAAUCAAUCUAAGAAACAAUCAGCUGAAAGGAAAUAUAAUUUUGGGAAAUUACGGCAAUCUGACACAUCUGGACGUAAGCGAAAAUAGCAUUGAAAAAUUGGAUAUUAGUGCUCUGCAAGAAUUGAGAAGUGUACGCUGCGGACGAAAUAAUUUAACGGAAUUAACUCUUUGCGGCCGAAAUCUAGUAUCUCUUAUUGCUGGUAAUAAUAGAUUGAAAAAACUAAUCAUCGAACCUGUGCCAAUUAAUCUGGAACAUUUGGAUGUUUCCUACAAUAAUUUAGAUGCAUUGCCGGAAUGGACAACUGAAUUGCCAGCAUUGCGCGUCCUUUUCGCGUCGCACAAUGCUCUCACGGCUCUCCCAGACAGGUUGUUGUCACAACCCUCGAGACUAGAAGUUCUCCAUCUGCCUCACAAUCGGCUACAAGCCCUACCACCGCCCAGGAGACCAUUGAAUAUCGUACAUUUAACUCUGCAGGGCAACAUGUUGACCACGUUGCCAACCAGUUUUUUCACGAAUACCGAAAAAAUGAAAGUUUUAAAUCUUUCCAACAAUCGACUCUCCGAACUUCCGUAUCGCGAAGAGGCCGGAAAAAUUCACCAGGGAUCACAUACCUUGGAGAAAUUAUACCUCACAGCAAAUUGUCUGACCGAUACUGCUCUAGACGCUCUCGCGAAGUUUACGUCUUUGAGGAUUCUUCAUAUUGCUUACAACACCUUGGAUACGCUUCCAGAAAGUUGCAUAGCUGCUUGGAGCGACCUGGAAGAAUUGGUGUUGUCUGGGAACCGAUUGCAGUACCUUCCGGACAACGUGGCAAAUCUGCGACAUUUGCGCGUGCUACGCGUGCAUUCUAAUCGGCUAUUAACAUGUCCCACCUUCAGUAGAACAGCGUCUUUGAAGGUGCUAGAUUUGGCACAUAAUCAAUUGGACAGAGUAAAUCUGGCUACACUAGUACCACCACAACUACAAUUUCUUGAUAUAUCCUGCAAUUCCCGACUGCAUGUGGACCCGCGACAGUUUCAAGAUUAUAGAUCCCAAAGGCCAAUAUCUUUGGUGGAUGUAUCUGGACAGAACAGACCCAGUUUACCAUCUCAUCCGCAUCAACAAGAAAUCGUCGCGGCGGAAAAGAAUACCGAACAACCAUGGCGAUUAGGUUUUUCGGAAACUGCUGGUUCGCGCGAAAAGCUAUACAUUUCCCAAGUGCGAAUAUCAUCCUUUUGCAACGUCGAAGGUCUGUUUGGCAUAUUUGACGGUGAUUCCAAUCAAGAAGCACCUAGCGCUCUUCAAGAAAUGAUUCCUCGUCUCUUGCUGGAGGAACGAACGGUCCGAGAGACGUCGAAGGAAUACUUGAAAUAUACUCUGUUGUCAGCACACAGAGAACUCAAGGAGAAGGGUCAGAAAUACGGCGUAGACGCAACUCUGAUCCAUAUAGUGAAAUUACCGUCGCAGCAGGGAUAUUCAAAAUCCUCGACUAAAUAUUCUCUUAAAGUGGCUUCCACCGGGGACGCCAAAGCUGUCCUCUGUAGAGCCGCGGGUCCCUUGACCUUUGCCAAGUCUAAAAAAGCUCAGACAGUUAAGAACCAGCUUGGUAAUGCUGCCAUGUUCCCGUUAGUAGUGCCCGAUCCGAUAUACGAAGAAGUGACGCUGGAAGACGACGAUGAAUUUGUCAUAGUCGCUAAUCGGAGAUUAUGGGAGGUUCUAAGCGUUCAAGAAGCCGUGAGGGAAGCUAGAGCCGAGGCCAGUCCUGUCCUGGCCGCCAAAAGACUUCAGGAUCUGGCGCAAGCUUACGGCGCAGAGGAUAAUUUGAGCAUCAUCGUCGUCCGGUUGGCGGGACCAAGUCCAGGUGACAUGGAUCAACUCAUGCGUGAACUCAGGCAUGCCGUUGGUAAAAACAGAAGUCAAAGCGAUAGUGUGUGUCCUUGUCCUUGUUGCAUGCCGCCAGCGACGCACAAACCACCAGCUGCCUGCUGUUGUCACGCGAACGAAGGCUAUUAUCUUAAUGGCGUGUUAAAAAAUAUUGUAGGCAGAUCCAAUAAAGUCCACGGUGGUUCCGGAAGAUACUUCAAGAAUUCCAGAUCGACGCAAGAGAAUGAAAGUCCUCCAUACAGAGACGACCGCAGUUCGCCAAGUGGACAGUCUGAUCAAGCCAGUGACAGCACUUUCAAAUCUCGUCAUCCAUCAGCAAGGAUGUGGUCUGGAAGUGCGGCUGCUAGGGCGACAAAUAAAGCUCACCAGAGUGUUCUCAUACAGGAAAACGGCAUGCGAAAAGUAUCACCUUGUCUUCCUACGCAAGAGGAUGCUAUCUCGGAAAGAUCCAGCGCUCUCAGUGAGGAGCAAUUUCGUUGCUGGGAGUAUAUGCUUGAGCAGAACACUCAGCUACUAUUCGAUAAGGAACUGGACACGUUGACGAAGGCGCCGUUACACCGCGGUCAAUCAAGGUCAACGCCGCAACUGGGAAGCAAUCUACCCUUUUUGUCAAAAAGGUUUGGCAGCGCUCGAUCCUUCAAUCCUUCAUUAUCACGACCGCCGAUGGUCCGUUUCGGCAGCGGACGGAGAUUGCUGAAUGGCGGACCAAAUGCUGCCUAUUUCGGCAGCUUGCAAAGGCUGAUGCCGUACAAUCUCGAGUAUGACUUCGCUGUUAUCCAAGAAAGAAACGGCAUGGAUUCGUUGGAGCAAGACGCCACGAGGAUGCAGCAGUAUUGGGGAGUUGCCACUACAGAAUUGUAAAUGAGAAUCUAAUGCAA